AUGGUGUCGCACAGUACCAUACUAAAGAAAAUAUAUUUGUUAUUGCCGUUCGCAUAUCCUAAUCUUAAUCAAAACGGACAAUCUGGUACCUCAGAUGCUGAAUGGUCAUAUGCCGAUACGAAUUGGGGUACAAAUUAUCCACAAUGUAACGGUAAUCGGCAAUCACCAAUACACAUACAGUCACAAAAUACAUACCUAUUGCCAACAAAGCCAUUAAGGUUUAAAAAUUACGAUAUACCUCUGCUGGGUCCCAUUGAGCUCACUAAUAAUGGUCACUCAGUUGAAUUUUCCGUAACCGAAACAGUAGAUGGUCGCAUACCCACUAUUACUGGUGGCAUUCUGAAAGGAACCUACGAGGCGGUGGGUGUACAUUUCCACUGGGGUGGUCCCGGCAGCAAAGGUUCCGAACAUAUUAUUGAUGGCCGGCAAUUUGAUGUUGAAAUGCAUAUUGUCCAUAGGAAAACUACCUUCGCCACUAUGGAAGAAGCCACCCAGUCGCCAUAUGGAAUUGUAGUUUUGGGUGUGAUGUUCAAGGCGGUUCAGAAUCCCGAUCGUUAUUAUCCCGGCUUGAAUAGAAUCUUCAAUAAAUUAUUGAAUGUCGAAACCUACGGCUCAUCGACAUUCCUUGAUGGUUCAAUAUCAUUGGGUCAAUUAUUGGGUGAUUUAAAUACGAAAAAUUUCUUCACCUAUAAAGGUUCGUUGACAACGCCCGGCUGUUCGGAGGCUGUAUUGUGGCAUGUCUUCCCCGACCCUAUGCCAAUUGCUCAAGAACAUGUAGAGAAAUUUUGGACUCUAACCGAUUCAAAUGGUCAACCGUUGACAAAUAACUUUAGACCAACACAAGACUUAAAUGGUCGUUUAUCGGGACAAGAAAUUCGUAAUAAUAUGAUGAAUGUGUUAGGUGAAAGUGCUCCUUCAUAUGCAACAGUAAAAAAUUGGGCUGCUGAAUUUAAAUGUGGUCGUAGAAGCAUUGAGGAUGAACCACGUAGUAGACGUCCAAAAGCAGCAACAACAAUAGAAAUUGUAGCCAAAGUGCAUGAUACGACUCUCACACUUGCUACCGACUGGACCUACGACAAUGCACCCAAUUGGUCGAUAGAUCAUCCAAAUUGUGGCGGUAAUCGUCAAUCGCCAAUACACAUCAAGACAUCAACG